UCCACAGCCAGGUUGUUGUUGCCAUGAGGACGGCAAAGCAACAGGGGAACUGAGCUGCUGAAACCCUAAAAACUCAUAAAAGGAGAAUGAAGCUUUCUUACUGUAAUGUGUCUAUGUGCUUCUCUCACGUUGCAGGCUUGGUUUGGAUUUAUUUUAUAACAACAGGAGGUUAAGAGCUGGACCUGACAGACCACAAGUUGAAGUUAGGGACAAUUUCAGGUAAAAAAAAAAGAAAAAGAAAAACACCUGAAAUUUCUCCAUUUUUUCUCACUGCAAAAUUGUCAAAAUGGAACUCUCACAAUGACAAACGUGCCAGAUUAAAGAGAGGAUGUCUCUCUCUCUCAUGCAGGUAGAUCUCCAGAUGUUUGAGAAGAUUGCAGUCCAUGGAUGGCUGUGCUGGGGAGCUCUGUACCUAUUAGCAGCAGGAGUGUCAUUAACAUCGGAAACACGCUGGCCGUGCCCUCAGCCCUGCCGCUGCAACACUGUGCUGCUGGAGGCAAACUGCUCUCAUCGGCAACUUAUCACAGUGCCUGACGGUCUCCCAAAAGACGCCAAACUACUCAACUUAACACAUAACAAGAUCAAGGCGCUGGCUCAGCAACAGUUCCAGUCGUUAACACACAUUUUACACCUUGAUUUGUCAGAUAAUGAUUUGGUUUUAAUUGAAGUUGAAGCUUUCCUCGGCUUGCAAAAUCUACUAACUCUGCAUCUCGCUCGCAACCACCUUAAGUUCCUUCCUGUUAGAGCGUUUGCUGGGUUGCCAAAACUGAAAAUUCUGGACAUAAGCAGCAAUGACAUCCUGGUUUUUCUGGAUUUUACUUUCCGUGACUUGCCCGCUUUGCAGUUUUUAACAGCAGCAGAUAAUGAUGUAGUUUUCAUCUCUUCUCAAGCUUUUACUGGACUAGCAAGUCUGCAAGAGCUUCACCUUGAUGGCUGCAACCUCACUGCCGUGCCGACAGAGGCCCUUACACAGCUCGGAGGGUUGAGAAGUCUUUUUCUUUACCGACUGGGUCUCACCACGCUGCUGAAUUACUCUUUCCGACAUCUAGAGCGUCUAAAAGAGCUCGUCAUUUCUGAUUGCCCUUGGCUCGAGACCCUCUCAGGAAAAAGUCUCUUUGGCCUAAACCUAACAUCUCUGACCAUUCAACACGCUAACCUCAGUGCUGUCCCUUACAUACCUCUUCAUCAUCUUGUAUAUCUUGUAUUCCUCGACCUUUCUUUUAAUCCAAUCACUUACAUCCAUGGGAACCAGCUCGGUGAUCUGCUGCGCCUCCGAGAGCUUCAUCUGGUUGGGGGUUCGUUGCUUCGUAUUGAAAUCGGAGCAUUCAGGGGUUUGUUGUAUCUGAGUGUGCUGAAUGUAUCCAGAAAUCUUCUCACCACGCUGGAGAGAGGAGCUUUUCAGUCAGUGGGAACUCUCAGAAAUCUGGGACUUGAUAACAACCCCCUAGCAUGUGACUGCCGUUUGUUGUGGCUGGUGCAAAUACGACCAAAUCUAGAUUUGGGUGGUAAUUCACCAAUUUGCACUGCCUCAGUCCACUUCCAGGGUUUGAAUUUUCUAGACCUCGGAGAAGAUGAACUCCCAGGUUUGCUUACAUGUCGACCGGCCCGUAUUCUAAACAUGAAACGUCAAGAAGUGAGAGUGGAUCAGGGACACACUGUGGUGUUUCACUGCAAUGCAGAAGGUGACCCUGUGCCAUCUGUCUACUGGCUGAACCCACAGCUAAAACCUGUAUCAUCCACAGGGAGAAUAUGGGCUCUCUCUAAUGGCUCGCUGGAGAUUCGCUUUGCUCAACCUCAAGACAGUGGCACGUAUCACUGUGUGGCAUCCAACGCAGCAGGAAAUUCCAGCCUGCCUGCCAGUCUGCAAGUUCGAGCCUUUCCAAAGUCUUUUAGACACCCCUCUCAUCUCAAAGGCUGGUUCUUCCCCUCAGGUGUGAAUGGAAAUCAGAAACCACCAAUUGAUUUAAAGACAUUACUGAUAGCAGUAACCAUUGGGCUUAUGUCAUUUUUUAGUUCUGUGAGUGUGUGCUUCAUUUUCAUGUUCUUCUGGAGUAAGAGUAAAGGGCAGAUCAAGCACACAGCCACCAUUGCAUACGUGCCACGAAGAGCCAUGUCAAGUAGUAAAGGAGGGGCGGGAAACCAUACAGAGACGAGCAGGUUCACCAUGAAACUAAUAUGACUUCAAGCACCUUGGAAUAACUCGGUACAUCAAGAGUUUGCAUAGACACAAUGUAAAACGUUAUAUUUGAAUUUAGCUUUGUAGAUCAAAGUAAGUUAAUUUUAAGGCAUGUUGACUUAUGUUGGACAUGUACUGACACUUUACUUAUUAAUUACAAUACAGCCAUGUUAGCUGGGUGCUAAAGACAAACCGUAAAUUGUGAUGGUCAAAGCAUUUGAAGAAGAUUGUAGGUACAUUUCAGGAACUUUAAGCGUUUGUGUGUAUCAGGACAGAAGUGCAACCAAAAUGUAGCAACCAAAGUAAGCUUUAAGCACUAUUUUAUAUGCAUGAUGCAUGUUAUAUUUGGAGAUACAAUUAUCAAGAUUUUUUGUGCUUGUUGUUUAUUCUGUUUAUAAAUAGAAACAGUAAGAAGAAAAACAAAUGGUACACAGAAUGGGCAGGGACCUUGUUAACUAAUGUUUUGUUUAUCUGUUUCCUUUUCUGAUUCCUACAACAAAACUAAAUAUGUAGCUGAAAAAAUAAUUUUGGGCCUCAGAUGGUAGCCCUAACAAAAUUAUAAUAACAGGAAUGUUAAUCUUAUAUUAAGGUUAAAUAACAAAAUGGCAUGUACAAUAAUUAAUUCUUAAUAGCUCUUUAGAAAGUGUUUUUCAAUGUACUCUAUAAGUAAGCCGUCGUAAUUAACAUUAAUAAAAAAUAUGGUUUCUGA